AGAGUUGAACUAUAGUUCAAAAACCUCCGUAACAGCCACCGCUGUGCCGUGGACGACGACCACCGCGACGACGACAUGCCAACCAAAUAUUACUCAGUGUACAGUCACCGGUACAUGAUCAGCAGGAAUUUUACUAGAAAAAAUAAGAAAAAGGACACUUUGGGACUAUUGCCGGUUGUACGUGACUUGAGAAACGGGGCCRGAGAUAGCGUAAGUGAUCAUGAUAACAACAGAACGAGAAAGGACGAUUCGCUCUGCGACAUCCUGUCGAGUCCGUCAUUCCGAUUCGUCAUCUGCUUAAUCAUCGUAAUGGUUGUUUUACUAUACAAGUCGGUUUACGUGGAUUAUUUCCACUUGAAGAAUGAAAAAUCUUCCAUACCGACCACGAAGACUUCAUUAUGGAACUCUACCAAAACAUUAUACGAAUAUGAUGACGGAAAACCAACAAUUGAAGUAAUUGAAAUUUUACCAAAUUGUGGAUUACAAACCAUUUGCUCGGACAAUGCUUUUCCAAUUCAUAUAUAUACUGGAAAAAAUAAAACUGACUUUCCGAGGUUGUGUAUCAUGGGCAAAUACGUUAUAUCAUUCAACCGAACUGCAGGUGGUCGUGGAAUCAACGUAGCCGUAAUAGAUUCAACUACAUAUACCAUCAUGGAUGUUAAAAAUUUUGAUACGUAUGAGUAUAAUAGUUCAAAUUUAGAUGAUUGGCUUGAUCAUAUGGUUAAAGUUGGGGAUGUAGUAAUAUUUUUUACUUUCGACGAGGCGUCUAAAAAAUUAACAAAAAACACAAGAAAUCUCUUAUACAGUAUGGGGAGUGGAAAAAUUCAAGAUUUAUGGUACAGAUGUCAAUGGUUUAUGGUGACACAAAAAGGAAUUCAAGGCAUCACUCCGUAUGAAAAAAUUUCAUACUCGCAUAAGAACAAUUGGGCAAACGUAUUAGAUGAAAAAUUAUGUGUUCCAUUUCAAAUAAAAGGAAAUCCAAUUGUUUUUGAUGAUUCAUCCAAUCAUCAACUAUCGUUUUGUAAUACCACGUUUGAUGAGUAUACCGGGUAUUGUAAUGAAAGUAAUGAACACACCGGAAGCGAUAAAUACGGUUUCACAAGAAGUGAUGAGUUCCGAGAAAGUCGCCGAACAACGCCUAGUCGAUUGCUUGACCGAACAGAAUAAACGGGUUAAUCGCCUCAGAGUUUUUGUAUAAUAUUAUACCCGAUAUACGUAAUCGACACCAGUAGUGAUAAAGGUUUAUCAAAGGGGGGGGGGAUUUUUGAAAAAAUAUUUAUACGAGUAUAAGUUAUCAUAAAAUUAACAGCACAACCUUAACAAACACUUAGGUAUACACACAACAAAUUUAUUGGGUACAAUAUUGUCGGACAAUGUUGAUAACUCCCACAAUUUGUUGGAUUUUUUCGCCAUUAGAGUUAUACACACAUUUGACUUUAAUGCUACCAACUAUACUCCAAGAGAACAACUCUGGUUGUGCUGCUAACUCUAUGAUGGUUAUUUCUUUUUAUGACAGUUUGUAUCAAGCGAAAUUCUAUUGCAGGCAAAUAUGACAAUAUAUAAUAUUAUAUAAAUAGCAAUAUACCCUAAAAUCUUAAUAAUAUAUUGCAACAUUAAAAAUAUAAUAGACAAUUUAAAAAAAUUCGAAAUUAAAAAAAAAAAACCGCCAAAGGUGGUAGGGCGGAAGACACACUAAAGUCCCACCACUGUAUUGGCUACAAAAGUAUAAAUUGAUACAACUACACGUAUAACUUUUAUUCCGUUUUGUUUUUUCCCGCAUUACACGCAUGUCUUUUCUCCAUAAAAUUUUCUGUGUACGAACACGACGACGUGUAACGUGCCGAUGAGGUUAGGUCCCUACGUAGGUAUAGGUAUAUAAUAUAUAUUUUAAUAUUUUAUUAUUGUUAUGAGCAUGACGUGCAAAUACAACAUAAUUUUACAUAUAUAAGUUAUUUUUAUAUUGCCGAAUAUAAAAGUAGUAUCGAGCUUGAUAAUAUUACAAUUUCAUCACGGUACACGAAAUUUCGACCUCACAUAUUAUUGUAUUAAAUUGUAUUAUAAUAUUGAACAUGUGUCCCGUGCCUGCAAAACUGCUGCAGCAGCGGUCUGCGUACAACAGGCCGUCGAUCACGGAGGCCACUCGACGAUUAAUCAAACGAUCGCCCUUUCGACGACCCUUUAUCUCGUUAUUUCUCUCCCCGUUUUUUUCUUGUGGGCGCGUUAAACGAUUUCACAUGGGCUAAGUUUUCUGAAUAAGACACCUAUAAAAGUAAAUUACGAACAGGAUACACACCGAAUCCGUUGAUAAUCGAACAAAAAUGUGGGUAUAGACUGCCCGAAGUGACAUUGUAAUACAAUGCAUAAUAUGUAAAAUUCGGUGUGCAAAACCCCCCAAAAUUAUAGUGCCUUUUAAACGCUUUAUUGCAGCGGGUGCCAGAUUUCACUGCAUUUUUUCUACGUAAAAUGUCUUUAACCACAGUUGUCGUUGGGGGGUUAAUGUGCAUUGUACAUAAUAUAAAAUGUCAAGUAUAAUUUACUCAUAUUCCAUCCAUAACUAAUUUUUGAAAUAAAUACCCAUUGGUACACGUAUGCAUGUAGGUUAGCUACAAUUAAUACUAAUUUUUCAUUUAGCAUGUGCUUAUGAUUCUUAAUACGAACUUUUAUACAAUCCGAAAGCACAGUGGUGUAUACAAAGAGUAGGUAUCUUAGUAACUAACUAAAAAUAAUUGCUUAAUUUUUCUCCUAUGAUAAAUAAAUAAAAAUAGAACAGCAGAAUGUUUAGAAAUGUUUUACCUAACUACUUGGAUUUCUUGUGAACUUAUUUAAACGUUCGGUUUGCCUGUGUAUAUAAAUAAUAGUAAAUCAAUUUCUAUUGUAAAAGAGACUGUUUAUCACAAUAAUAAUGUGUUUAUCAUAGAAAACUAUUUAUUUGUUUAUUUUGUUUACUUGUUCGUUUGUAUGUUUAUUUUUUCUUUAAACAAUUCCAAAGAAUAAUAUGCGUUCCCAAUUAUAUACGCAGUAGUGUAGUACAUACCUACAAGUACAAUAUGUUUUAUGACAUUAAAAAAUGUACAUCAAUUAGAUAACUGGUAGAUAGAUUUCAAAUUUUUUUCAAAGUAUAAUUUCUAUUACAAUUCAAUAAUUUUUUUAGUAUAUUCAUUACAAAUUUAAGUAUUAAAGUGUUUGCACGUUUUAUCAAGUAUUUACGAAUA